UGUCACUGAGCUUGCGUUGCUUGAGUCUCACACCGUAUGUCCCGGGCGCCGCCGGCGGAGUCUGUUCAGGACACGAAUAAUACUAGUCUCGGUCACCGACUCGCCACAAUGGCUCAGAUUCUACCCAUCCGCUUCCAGGAGCACUUCCAGCUCCAGAAUCUGGGCAUAAACCCAGCGAAUAUUGGGUUCAGCACUCUUACAAUGGAAUCGGAUAAAUUUAUCUGCAUUCGGGAAAAGGUUGGAGAGCAGGCCCAAGUUGUCAUCAUAGAUAUGGCUGAUCCCAACACACCUCUGAGACGUCCCAUUUCAGCAGAAAGUGCCAUCAUGAAUCCGGCCUCCAAAGUAAUUGCCCUAAAAGCUGGAAAAACCCUACAAAUCUUUAAUAUUGAGAUGAAGAGCAAAGUAAAGGCUCACACCAUGGCAGAGGAAGUUAUCUUCUGGAAGUGGAUAUCUGUCAACACGGUGGCCCUGGUUACAGAGACUGCUGUCUACCACUGGAGCAUGGAAGGUGACUCCCAACCUCAGAAAAUGUUUGACCGCCAUGCAAGCCUGGCAGGUUGUCAGAUAAUCAACUACAGGACAGAUGAGCAGCAGAAGUGGCUUCUUCUCAUUGGUAUCUCAGCUCAGCAAAAUCGUGUGGUUGGUGCAAUGCAGCUCUACUCUGUGGACAGGAAGGUGUCCCAGCCAAUAGAGGGUCAUGCUGCCGCAUUUGCCGAAUUCAAGAUAGAAAAGAACUCAAAACCUUCUACUCUCUUCUGCUUUGCUGUACGUGGACAAGCAGGAGGAAAGUUGCACAUCAUAGAGGUUGGGCAGCCAGCCAAUGGAAACCAGCCCUUUGCCAAGAAAGCUGUAGACGUCUUCUUCCCCCCUGAGGCCCAGACUGACUUCCCUGUAGCCAUGCAGAUUGGUUCUAAGCAUGGAGUAAUCUAUUUGAUUACAAAGUAUGGCUACAUUCACAUGUAUGACUUGGAAUCAGGUGUCUGUAUCUACAUGAACCGCAUCAGUGCUGAUACCAUCUUUGUCACAGCUCCCCAUGAACCUACCUCUGGCAUCAUAGGAGUAAACAAGAAAGGACAGGUGCUCUCCGUGUGUGUGGAAGAGGAUAACAUUGUGAACUAUGCCACCAAUGUACUACAGAACCCAGAUCUGGGACUACGCAUGGCUGUUCGCAGCAAUCUGGCUGGGGCUGAGGAACUAUUUGCAAGGAAGUUUAACACACUUUUUACUCAAGGGAAUUACUCUGAAGCAGCCAAAGUAGCCGCAUGUGCACCAAAGGGAAUCUUGCGCACAGCAGACACAAUAAGGAAGUUUCAGACAGUGCCAGCACAACCUGGACAAGCAUCCCCUUUGCUUCAGUACUUUGGCAUUUUACUAGAUCAGGGACAGUUGAACAAACUAGAGUCUCUAGAGCUUUGCAGGCCGGUCCUGCAACAGGGACGCAAACAGCUGUUAGAAAAGUGGCUUAAAGAAGAUAAGUUGGAGUGCUCUGAGGAGCUGGGAGACCUUGUCAAAGCUGUAGAUCCAACUCUUGCUCUGAGUGUUUAUCUUCGGGCCAACGUGCCAAGCAAAGUGAUCCAGUGCUUUGCUGAGACAGGACAGUUUCAGAAGAUUGUCCUCUAUGCCAAAAAGGUGGGGUACACGCCAGACUGGAUCUUCCUUCUCCGCAGUGUUAUGCGGAUCAGCCCAGAACAGGGUUUACAGUUUUCUCAGAUGCUGGUGCAGGAUGAAGAACCCUUGGCCAAUAUCAAUCAGAUUGUAGAUGUCUUUAUGGAGAAUAGCCUUAUCCAGCAGUGCACAUCCUUCCUGCUUGAUGCACUAAAAAACAAUCGUCCUGCAGAAGGCCACCUUCAGACACGCUUGCUGGAGAUGAACCUGAUCCAUGCACCACAGGUAGCAGAUGCCAUUCUAGGAAACCAGAUGUUUACACAUUAUGACCGUGCCCACAUUGCUCAGCUUUGUGAAAAGGCAGGACUGCUGCAGAGAGCCCUUGAACACUACACAGACCCUUAUGAUAUUAAAAGAGCUGUGGUGCACACACACCUUCUCAAUCCAGAGUGGCUGGUAAACUUUUUUGGCUCACUGUCUGUGGAGGAUUCUGUGGAGUGCCUGCGCGCAAUGCUAUCAGCUAACAUCAGGCAGAAUCUACAACUCUGUGUUCAAGUGGCAUCCAAGUAUCAUGAACAACUGGGCACUCAGAACCUCAUUGAACUCUUCGAGUCUUUCAAGAGUUAUGAAGGUCUCUUCUACUUCCUGGGAUCCAUAGUUAACUUCAGCCAAGACCCUGACGUGCACUUUAAGUAUAUCCAGGCAGCAUGCAAAACAGGACAGAUUAAGGAGGUGGAACGGAUCUGCAGAGAAAGCAACUGUUACAAUCCUGAACGUGUCAAAAACUUCCUCAAAGAGGCCAAACUUACAGACCAACUUCCAUUAAUUAUUGUUUGUGACCGUUUUGACUUUGUCCAUGAUCUUGUCCUCUACCUGUAUCGCAACAACCUUCAGAAAUAUAUUGAGAUCUAUGUGCAAAAGGUCAAUCCAAGCCGUAUCCCAGCGGUUGUGGGAGGACUUCUGGAUGUGGAUUGUUCUGAAGAUAUUAUAAAGAACCUAAUUAUGGUUGUACAUGGCCAGUUCUCCACUGAUGAACUGGUUGCUGAGGUGGAAAAAAGGAACAGGUUGAAGUUGCUCCUACCUUGGCUGGAAUCUCGAAUUCAUGAAGGGUGUGAAGAGCCAGCUACCCACAAUGCUUUGGCCAAAAUUUAUAUUGACAGCAACAACAACCCAGAACGGUUCCUAAGGGAGAACCCCUUUUAUGACAGCUGUGUUGUGGGCAAGUACUGUGAGAAGAGAGACCCCCACCUGGCUUGUGUGGCAUAUGAAAGGGGACAGUGUGACCUGGAGCUUAUUAAGGUGUGCAAUGAAAACUCGUUGUUCAAGAGUGAAUCUCGUUACUUGGUGCGGAGAAAAGAUGCUGAUUUGUGGGCCAAUGUCUUGGAGGAAAACAACCCAUUCAGACGGCCGCUUAUUGAUCAGGUGGUGCAGACGGCACUUUCCGAAACACAAGACCCAGAAGAAGUGUCUGUUACCGUGAAAGCAUUCAUGACUGCUGAUCUCCCCAAUGAACUCAUUGAGCUUCUGGAAAAGAUAGUGCUUGAUAAUUCAGUGUUCAGCGAACAUAGAAACCUGCAAAAUUUGUUAAUCCUUACUGCAAUUAAAGCUGAUCGCACUCGAGUGAUGGAGUACAUCAACCGGUUGGAUAACUAUGAUGCACCUGAUAUUGCAAACAUUGCCAUCAGCAACCAGCUUUUUGAGGAAGCCUUUGCCAUCUUCAGGAAGUUUGAUGUCAACACAUCUGCUAUUCAGGUUUUGAUUGAACACAUUGGAAAUUUGGAUCGUGCUUAUGAGUUUGCAGAGAGGUGUAAUGAACCAGCUGUAUGGAGCCAGCUGGGACGAGCACAGCUACAGAAAGACUUAGUGAAAGAAGCCAUUGACUCCUACAUCAAAGCUGAUGACCCAUCUUCUUACAUGGAGGUGGUGCAAGCAGCCAGCAAGAACAGUAAUUGGGAAGAUCUUGUAAAAUUUUUGCAGAUGGCAAGAAAGAAGGCCAGGGAAUCCUAUGUAGAGACUGAGCUGAUUUUUGCAUUUGCAAAAACGAAUCGGCUGUCAGAAUUAGAGGAGUUUGUUAGUGGUCCGAACAAUGCUCAUAUCCAGCAGGUGGGAGAUCGCUGUUACGAGGAGGGCAUGUAUGAUGCUGCCAAAUUACUUUACAACAAUGUGUCAAAUUUUGCCCGUUUGGCUUCCACACUAGUACAUCUGGGGGAAUACCAAGCAGCGGUAGACAGUGCAAGAAAGGCUAACAGCACUCGCACCUGGAAAGAGGUGUGCUUUGCAUGUGUGGAUGGUACCGAAUUCCGACUGGCUCAGAUAUGUGGCCUUCACAUUGUGAUUCACGCAGAUGAAUUAGAAGAACUGAUUAGUUAUUACCAGGACCGAGGCUAUUUUGAGGAGCUUAUUGCACUGCUAGAAGCAGCUCUGGGGUUGGAACGUGCACACAUGGGCAUGUUUACAGAGCUUGCAAUCCUGUACUCUAAAUUCAAGCCACAGAAAAUGCGUGAACAUUUGGAACUUUUUUGGUCCAGAGUAAAUAUUCCAAAGGUCUUGCGAGCAGCAGAGCAGGCCCACCUCUGGGGAGAGCUGGUCUUUUUGUAUGAUAAGUAUGAGGAAUAUGAUAAUGCAAUUAUCACAAUGAUGAAUCAUCCAACAAAUGCUUGGAAAGAGGGACAGUUUAAGGACAUUAUAACAAAGGUGGCCAAUGUUGAGCUAUAUUACAAAGCUCUACAGUUCUAUAUGGAGUAUAAACCUCUCUUAAUUAAUGACCUCCUCAUGGUCCUGUCUCCUCGUCUGGACCACACGCGAACUGUCAACUACUUUGCAAAGGUGAACCAACUGCCAUUGUUUAAACCCUAUUUGCGGUCUGUACAGAACCACAAUAAUAAGUCUGUGAAUGAAGCCCUCAACAAUCUGCUGACUGAGGAGGAGGAUUAUCAGGGCUUAAGAGCAUCUAUUGAUGCAUAUGAUAACUUUGAUAAUAUCAGCCUUGCUCAGCGACUGGAGAAACAUGAGCUGAUUGAGUUUCGUAGGAUUGCAGCAUAUCUCUACAAGGGGAACAAUCGUUGGAAACAGAGUGUGGAAUUGUGCAAAAAAGACCGGCUGUAUAAGGAUGCUAUGCUGUAUGCUGCAGAGUCCAAGGAUGUUGAGCUGGCUGAGAAGUUGUUACAGUGGUUUCUUGAAGAGGGAAAACAUGAGUGCUUUGCUGCCACUCUCUUCACCUGCUAUGAUUUGCUCCACCCAGACACUGUGCUGGAACUGGCCUGGAGGCACAAUAUCAUGGACUUUGCUAUGCCUUUUUUCAUCCAGGUCAUGAGAGAGUAUCUGGCAAAGGUAAGAGAGAAGUAUGUGGCUAAUAAACUUGUAUGUGGCAUUCUGAUCCAGUGUUGAAGAAAACAUUUCAGCAAAAGCAGGACGUGAGGUGAGGCCUGCUGACCA